UGGAGAUGUUUUGAAUUUUGAUAUUGACCCGUUCAUCAUCCGUAUGCAUCCCGUAUGCAUCCUGUAUGCAUCAAAUUUUCAAAUUCGCUUCCCCAGCCCUCUCGUUAAUGACCAAUUUUAGUUGCAGUAUCUUGUCCUACCCUCCAACAAAUUCAUCACACUUCACACUUCACACUUCACAGCAAUUGUUUGUGCACGGACCUCCCUAACUGUCCGCCGAAGACAAGGAUUCGCCGUUUAUCGAUAAGCGUGAGAUCGUUGGGCUCCUUCAGUUAGUUCAGUACGGUCUUCCAACAGCAUCAUCACUGUCUGUCAUUGUCACUUCGUUGAAUGCAAGUUUGCGAUCUUAUCCCACGUAACACAUCCUCACGGCCCGCUUUCCUACUAGCUUUGGCCCCGCACCGUCCUUCUCCCUAAAAAUAUCAGUAUGGGACCAGGAUGAUGGUUUCUCGAGAGAUCGGACGGCAGUUCAAGGAGUUAUCAGUAACUCCCACAAAUAGGCAAACUACAUCUAGUCGAUUCCCGUCAGAAGAUGCUCGGAGUGAUCUAAGGAAGCUGUUGCCGUGGAGAUGCAAUCUGACAGCCCUCGCACAAUCCCAUGAUUACUACCUGGUCGCCUGUGCUGCAGAGGUCGAGGUAUACAAACCGACCUUCCCAGCCCAUGGCUUGCCCGGCCAGCUUUCUUGGGUAGUUGAUCUUCCGAAGUCAAGUCCUGGAAUUACCGGAACCAUUGAUGCACUGAGGCCGCAUUCUGUCAAUUACCUGAUCAUCGACUAUCUGGGCAACAAGGAGGUAGUCCUGGUAGCGUGCGACGAUGGAGACGUCCUGGGCUACUACAUCGAUGAUAUCCAUCUUCAAAUUUUGCAAUCCGGCGAGAACCGGGGUGGUCGCAACCCUAACGACUACAGGGUUCGUCCGUUCUUCCAUAAAAAUGUUGGGAUGAGCGCCUGGGGUCUUGCCAUUCACUCGGUUGCUCGCAUGAUAGCCGUUAGCUCCAAUACUCAUAGGCUUGUCGUCUAUUGGUUUGGGUUGGACGGCAACGAUAUGAUCCAUCGAAAAGAGAAACGGCUUGAGCUUCCUGAUUCCGGCGAGAACUUGCCUACGGUGAAUUUCUGCAACACCGGGGAUGACCCGGACGGAGAAUGGCUCCUUUCCGGAAGUAUCGGGAACUGGAUGAUGGUCUGGAACACCCGCACCGCGACUCUCUAUAAAAAAGCCCAGCUCGCAUUCUGCAAGGAUCGGAAGCUCGACGGCAGUUGUGCAUGCGGCGGGAAGAGCGCAUACCCGCAUGCAAUAUGGGGUACAUACUGGUUGGAUCGGCGAUCUUUCCGCAGGAUCAACCCACCGUCGUUCUCCAAAGCGCUAGGGCUCCAAAAGCGAGACUUUAGUGACAAGGAUUUCCCAACGGACUUUUGGGAUAUCAGUGCUUCCCGCAAGGAAGUCAUCGAUGCGAGCGAGCGGUACGACGGCAGGGCGAACUUCGCCAACGUACAAGCACCUAUGUCACCCGUUGAAGAUGUUUCUGACGAUGACGACGACGGGGCAUAUUCCGAUGCGGACAGUACCCUUAGCGACGAUCUUGGCACAGAUAUGGCAGAUGACGGUUCGGCGUCUGAUAUUGAACCUUCCAUGUCUGGUGGAGCAGGAGGUCCCGCAUCGUCAGUCCAAUACCAUGAACACCCAAUGCAGGAUCACAACACCGAGCUAGUGGACCCGAUGUCGGAUUGGUUCACUCCCGCUCGGCCUCUGCAAAGGUCUCUAGAUGGGUCUAUUCCAUUCCUUGAGAUCAUCCCGCCAUCACGGUCAAACGUGGAACAAAUGCUAUUUCCUCCGGAAGCCCCGAUUCUCCACCUCUCUUCCAAAGACAUUUUCAUCAUGCAGCCACAGGUAGCGAAGAUUUCCUCGAAGCGGCCACCAUUCCACAACAAGCGCCAGUCAAUGGAUGCGAUCUCUGAGUUCGAUCACAAGAACUACUAUCCAGUCGUUGGAGCGCACGACCCGCUCUUCCAGGAAAUCAAAUCUGCCAUUGCACCCACGUUUUAUUCUCACGUCUUCAGUCAAACUGACCGAAUGAACCUUCACGCAUUUAUUCCCGACCUGGGAGUCAUCUGCAUUGCCAGCGGGAAAGGACGUGUGGCUGUUUGCACACUGACGCAGAUGGACGUCUUUUCUUCCGGGGCGCGCCUUAAGAAGCUGCGGGAGAGCAAUGCGGACGCGAAAUUACAAGCCCGAUAUGCGGGUUGGGAGGGUACGAAAACCGUCUACGGGUUUCGGCUCGACCACAUCCUUCCUUUUGCCAGUCAGGAAGAGAAGUGUGAACGCCCUGAACACAUCCUGAUCGGGAUUGCCGUGGGUCCCAUCCCUGGAAGUGGGUGGCAGCGGGAACCAGGCCACACGCCGUCGGGCCUACAUGGCAAUGGUUGCAAGCGGUGGCGGCUCAUCCUCACCUGGAUGAACCACUCCAUCCUAAGCUACGAAAUUCGACGAGGGGAGGAAGAUGAGGGCGUGCAGAUCCUGUCUCUUUGAAAUGUUUUUCUUGCGUUCGCCUCAGCGUUUGCACUGAUUUGGCGUCUUGGACUUGCAUGAUACCAGGGGAGCGCGUAUUCAACGAGGAUGACUUGACGAGAAAUGUAACAUACGACCUCCCGCGGUUAUGAACUGCACGAUACCUUCGAGGAGC